AUGGAUUUUAACGUUGUGGGCUUCGACAAUCUGCCAUGCCCAAAUCCUGCAACCUUCGGAUCUCACAGAACUGAAAAUCAAGAUUUCAGAGACUUCAAAUUGGCCAGAACUUCUUCCCCUUCUGCAACUGUUUUUGGUUAUGGCUGUACAUCUAGAGGGCCCUUCAGUCCUUCCCAAUGGAUGGAGCUUGAACACCAAGCACUGAUCUACAAAUACAUCUCUUCUAAUGUCCCGAUUCCUAAUUAUCUCUUGAAUCCCAUCAGAAAGGCUGCUGCUGCUUACUCUGCUUUCCCACCUGCCUUCACUGCCAAUUCUUUUGGGCUGCAUUUGGGGUACUGCAGCAAUGAUCCUGAGCCGGGGCGGUGCCGCCGCACCGACGGCAAGAAGUGGCGGUGCUCCAAGGAGGCGGUGGCUGAUCAGAAGUACUGUGAGCGACAUAUGAACAGAGGCCGCCACCGUUCAAGAAAGCCUGUGGAAGGCCAAUCCGGCCAUUCCUCCACCACUAAGCCGCCGGCGACAACACCUCCCUCGACGGCGGCGGCGGCGCCGCCGCCGCCGAACCACCAUCAAUUCAACACCUUGCAGACUGGUUAUGAUCUUCAGCAUUAUCACCAUAAGAUAGGUUCCAAACACCAUUCCCAGUCAGAAUUAGGAUUAGUUUAUGACGAAUCAUUGCUCGGUAGCCAAGGAAACCGGUCGGAGCUACGGCAGUUCAUCGACAACUGGCCUAAAUUCCAGGGCGAACAUCGCUCCGGCGUCGCGGCCUGGCCGGAAAAAGCUACUCAUCUCUCGAUUUCCAUCCCUACAACUGACUACGUCCCCUCCGCCGCCGCGUCGUCUCCGAUGAAUCGAAAAUUCGCUGCUUCCUCAUCUCAGGAGCUCGAGAUGGGAUUGGAAGUCGGCAUUGCCGACAAACUAAAGCCAAUGCCGAGCUGGGUUCCGAUUUCUUGGGAGUCGCCGAUGGGAGGGCCUUUAGGCGAAGCUUUGCACGCCAAAAGUAACGACCCCGGCAGCUGCAAGAAUUCAAAGCCACUCAAUCUUAUGGAUAGCCUUCCGGCAUCGCCGAAAGGAAUUCUAGCAGAAAGUAGCAACAAGAGAUUCGACGCAGCCGGUCGUUGCAUUGGCUUCAUCUGUCCCGGAACUGCAAUCAAUCCUUCCUUGCCUGCACUGUAAUUCGACAAAAAAUGGAAACGGAAUCAGAGUUGUAUCAAUGGUUAGAACUUGCAAGUGCCUUUCUAGUAUGUAAUAGUUUGCGUAAUUUCUUCUUCUCUACUGUUUGUGCUUCCAUCAAUGUUUGUAGCAAUUAAGAUCUUGACACCAGACAUUGAAUUGCCUCAAAACUGAUUUAAAUGCUUGGGGGGAUAGUACGUGAAGAUGAAUCAAUUAACUGUCUGGUGGAUGGUUGGAAGGAAGCAUGGUGGUGGGUGAGGAUGAAAUGCUUCUGUUCUUCGAUGUCUACAGCUUUGUAAUAUUAAUAACUCACAAUCCAUCUCAUG